AUGGAUCUCGGUUGCUUGGAUUUAGGAUGUCUUUCAGUCUCUGAUAAGAAAAGCGGCGAUCCUCUCGAAUUUCCAUCUUCCGCCUCGAAAUCUGGGCAGAAUAAAUCAUCACCAAGAGAGAACUCAGCUCUUAGAAGAUCACAAUCAAAGAGGUCCGCUCAACGGAAAACCUCGCCGCUUGGCUGGUUCCCGCGCAGAAAGGGGGAUUCAUACUUGAACCGGAAAAUAAAGAAGCUACAGGAGGUUGGUGGAAUGAAUCAGACUCUUGAUGAGACACUCGGCGACUCAAAUCCACACUACUGCAAGAUUGUUAGAGAGCAAAUGGCUGUGAGAGAAGCUGCAGGCAAGGCCAUGGAGCUCCGUAAGGCUGCUCUCGUUGAAGCUUCCUGGUGUAGAAUACUCCGAGCUGCUAGGAUUCCGAGUUUAGAAGCAGAAACUGUGAUGGAGAAUGCUGAAAAGUCUGCGGUGGAAGCUUUUGAAGCGGCGUCUGCGUUGGGAGUGAUCAUGCAUGAUAAACCGAGUAGCUCGAGGAAACAGUAUCGGAUUCAAACGUCAGGGACGCGUGGAGGAGGAUCUCCUACUCAUACGGUGACAGCGUCUUUCGAAACUGCGUUUGAUGUGGAUAAAGAAGUAGCAGCCGCUGUUAAAACCGCAUUUGCUAAGCUUGCGAAUUGCCCCACUCUCAGUAAAGCCGAGAUUAAAGAUCUUCUCAGGAAAAUCAGUGAGAAUCCUGACCUGCGUGAUAACCAUGAAAUCAGUGAGAUGUCUUCAGAAUGUGACACAGAGUCUGAUUCUGAACUCGACGUUCUUGACAAGGUUGAUGAAGAAUGUGAGGAGGAGACUUCGUAUUUCAAAAAGAGACAGCUUAAAGUCAAGAGGCGGCAGUCGUUUGGGAAGUUUAGCAGGGAGAAGAUAGUGGAUAUGAUGCUUGAGAGGCUUCAGGGUUUACAUGAAGAUCAACUCUCAAGUCUUGCCUCUAUUGUUGCAACUUGUGGUUUAAGUGAGGCCUUGGCUGAAGUUGGUAGCCAGAGGCUGCAGACCACAAACAUCGAGCCAACGAGAAGAGAUUCUAAAUUUGGGUCUUUCGAUGAAGGAAACGCAACGAGUGGAAACGAGUCGCAGCUUCCGAGUUUGGACAAGUAUCUAGUCAAGCAAAUGACCAAGCUUGAAAGAGAAGUCUAUGAAGCUAAAAGGGCUUCAAAGGAGGUAUCAGAGAAAGAGAGAAAGGCUCCUCAAGGUGUUGCAAGUGAAACUGUUCCAGAUUUGGGAAGCAUCCUUGUGAAACGUUCUUCAAGGCUUGAGAAGGAGAUCGAAGAAGCCAAGAAGAAUGCAGGAGUGAAUCAAAAGAGCUCAAGCAGGAACAAAACGUCGUUGGAUCCUAUCCCAGACUUGGAAAGCUUGCUAGUGAAAAAGCAUGUUUCAAGACUGGAGAAGGAAGUUGAAGAAACAAUAAGGAACUGCGGGCAAAUGUAUGAGAACGUGAAGAAACCAGGAAAAGAAGAUACUGAAGUACCCGGCCUGGAGAGUUGUAUGGUGAAACAUGUCUCCAAGCUAGAGAAAGAAGUCCAAGAAGCAAAGAAGAGAAAUUUGAAAAGUUCUUGUUCGUUGACAGAGCAACCGGGAAAAGAAAAUGUAGACUUGAACAAGAAACCUGAGGAUCAAGAGGAAAGCCUAGACAAGAUCUUGCUCAAGCCGGUUCACGGGUUGGAUAAAGAAAAGGUUGCAUCAGAAGCAGUUUAUGGAAACCGGAGGAUCCAGAAGAGAAAAGAAGCAGAUUAUGAGAGUCUGGACAAAAUUCUGGUGAAACAUGUUCCAAAGCUAAGCAUGAAGAUGGCGGAAACAAAGAAAGACUUGGGAGGAGAAGAGACAAAGCCGAUUCUCACCAGACGACAAGUGAGGGAAAGAGAAAUACAAGAAACUUGGGGUGGUUUAGGUCUUGGGGAAGCAAAGAACAAUAACCAGAAGAGACCUGAAAGCAAGAAAACAGAAGAAGUUAUCGAGCAUUCAGGAGAAGAGACGAAACCGAACUUAACCAGACGACAAGCGAGAGACAAGGAAAUGUUAGAAGCUUGGGGUGGUUUAGGACUUGGGGAGUCAGGCUUGGAUGUGAAUAAGCUAAAAAGGAAGACUGAAAACGAGAAGAAGGAGACAGCAAUACCAUUGUUAAGCAGAAGACAAGCGAGGGAUAAAGAAAUGCAAGAAGCUUGGGGUGGUUUAGACCUCGGGAACUCUAUUCGGCCGAGUCUGUCAAAACUUGAGAGAGAAAAGGCUGCGUGGAUUAAGGCUGAGGAAGAGGAGAUGACUCGAGGGAACUAA